AUGGUAGGUCUGUUGGUGAAAUAUGAAAAGCCCAAGGGAGAUGCAGCAAGGAUUGAGAAGGAAUACUUGGGCAAAAGAAGGAUUACGAGGCUGUAUAGUAAAGAGCAGCUUAAGAAUCCUUGGGGAGUUGAUUUGUAUCUGCUGCUCGACCUUGACAUGUAUAGAACGAAGAAAAUACCGAAGAAUGUUCUUAGUCAUGUGGUGAAGGCAAAGACGUAUUUGUAUCAUCCUGAUUUGCCAGACGGAGGCAACGAGGCUUUUGCAUUGGUUAAGAUGGCGAGUGAGAUACUCGGGGAUGUAAGGCUACGAUUGAUAUAUGAUUCGAAUUUUUUUGACGAUACGAUUCCGGAAGAUAAGAUAUACUAUAGCGAUGAGUUUUUCCGUGUGUUUGGGGAGUGUUUUGAGAGGAAUGGGAAGUUUAGUGUGCGGCAGCCGGUUCCCCAGCUGAGUCCCGAUAACGACAUGAAGUCUGUUGAGGGGUUCUAUGAGUUCUGGAACAACUUUAAGUCGUGGAGGACGUAUGAGGAUCCAGAAGAGUUUUAUAGAAUGAGUGUGCGGGACAGGUCGCAGUAUUCGAUGAAUAAUCAGGAGCAGAUGAAGCAAUCGAAGAACAGGGAUAUCCUGCGGAUCAAGAAGCUUGUGCAGAUUGCAAGAAAGAGGGAUCCAAGAAUGGGGAAAAGCAUUAUGCAACAGGUUAUGGAGAUGAACAUGAGUGAGUGGAGCAGCCAGGAGAUUGCAACGUUGAAGCGGCUGCUAGCGUUGUUUAAUAAGGCGUCGAAGAACAAGUGGGAGGUGAUUACGGAGAAGUUGGUGGGAAUAACGAAGAUCAAGCGUAGUGUUGAUGAGGUGAUGAGAAAGGGACAGGAGAUUGAGAAGAAAUAG